AUGUCCUGGGCGUUGUCAUCGCCACCACAACGUCCAUUCAUCUUGCAUAUACCCAAGGAUGAACAUAAAUGCAACACUACGUUUGAUCCUCAUAGUGAUAUUGGCAUGUUCAUGUCUCCGGAGGCAGCUGAAAAAUCACUUUGGUGCGACGAUGACGGUAACUCUUGGUAUUUGCUUAAUGCUCAUUACAAAGGCUGUGAACAUAAUACGGAGGCGCCGUGUUCUGGCUUUUAUUUCGAAGCAUUGGCUGGGGCCGAUGAAGAAACUCUCGACGGCGUAGCAUUUGGAGGGAUCACGAUUCAGAGUAUCAUUACUUCUAGUUGGGCUGGCUUCAAAUUGAAUGGCUACCAAAAUGAAUAUUCGGUCGAUACCAGUUUCUUCAAUUUUACGAUAUGCUUCGACUAUAAUGAGGCUGUUAACACAAUCUCUGCUGAUCCUGGACAAUCAGAUGAUCCAUGCGGACCUAAACGGAGUGGCGCUCCUGCCCCAGGGCCAUCAGAUCCAGCCCCUGGUGCUUUCGUUCACGGGGAAUGUAAAGUACAUGUCAAGGAAUAUGCGAGAAAUAAUGGCGACACAAAUCUCCUGGACAAUUACCAAAUGGAAAUCACCAUCUUCGACCAAGACAACAACCUUGUCGGGGAAGCCGCCAAAGAAACCGCAGAAGCUCCUUUGAUAGUCGCCAACAGCGUCCUGCCCUACCAACUCAUCGUCACAGCUGACGGGCCCGGCGACGCCGACGACUCCAUCGUCGAGUUCUGGUACUCCAACCAAUGGUGGACCAGCGUUGAUCAAGAGCACAAAUGCGACUUUCAUCCUUGGGACGGCAAGACGCGAGUAGGCGACUGCAACUUUGAUUGCCCGCUUCCAGCGGAGACUCCGCCUCAAUCCGCGACAGUCACACGCGCACUUCCUGCAGGAGCAACAGCUGCUCUCGCGGGGACCGUCAUAUUCACGAAUACGUAUAUCGUUCCUACGUCGUCAGCAGCGGAUCCCUCAUCCACGCCGCCUCCACCGCCUCCCCCGCCUCCCCCUCCCCCGUAUCGAAAAGGCUGGUGCGGCAUGCACGUCCGACAGUACCAGAAGAACGAGAAGGGGCGAAACCCGACUCCAAACUAUGAGCUCGAGGUGACGCUAUUCGACGGCGGCGCCGACGGGCACGGGCAUGACGCGAAACCAAUCGGGAGUCUUGGUAAGUCGGCUGCCCUAAAUAAUCAACCCGUCACCAUCCCAGGAGACCUGGUCGGCUUCACGGUCACUGUGUUCUCUGUCGACAGUGAUGGGAUAGGGUUCAACUACAACGGGCAGGAGUGGUUUAGUGAUAAGGAAGAGGGCAAAAGGUGCAAAAGGUCGCAUUAUGCCAAUGGGCAUCGAGACAUGGAUUGUGGGCUUACUUGCUGAUACGUUUUGGCGACAUGGGUGGUGUUUAUGUUGUAGUUUGUGGGUGGCAGGGCUUUUCAAGUCGGAGUUUAUGAGUCGUGUUGGGGUCCUUAUCUUUAGGGUCAACGACCAUGCGUAAUGUUUGUAUUAUUAC